UCCUCAGUCCCACACCUUCUCCAGUGCUCCCCGGGCCCCGGCUGAGCUCCGGGGCAGCAUGCAGCGCGUGGCCGUCGUCUGUCUCCUGCUGGCCGGCCUGAGCAGCGGGCAGGACUCGGGCACUGAGCUCUCCGACCCCCCUGCAGAUGUUGAAAAGAAAGACACUCCCACAGUUUUAUCACCAGAUUCUUCAACAAAAGCAUCUGAACCAACGUCGACUGCAACAUCACCACCAGACCUUGUUGCGCAAUCGACAACUAAAGCGGCUUCUGACGGAACCACCACCACAAAACCCUCAAAUGUGUCUCAACAGCCAACAGAUCAGUUGUUAAAUGCAACAGCUAAAGAGGAAGGAGCCACAACCAAAGAAGCCCUGAAGGAUCUGGUAACUCAAGCAACAACGGGCCCGACACCCACACCCACUGCUUCUACAGUACCCAGCACACACCCCAAGACUGAGAACCAGAGCGCAGUCCCAACACCGGAAAGUCCAGUUAGCACUUCGCGACCAGAUGCACCAGUUUCUGAAGUCAGUGUGUCACUCUCAACAGCAGGGACAGUUCCACAGAAUACCUCACAGCCUCCAGACGCUGUGGACGCCAGCAGUGCCAGCCCCUCAUCAACCAGCCCGUCAUACUCCAGUGUUAUUUUGCCAGUCGUUAUUGCAUUGAUUGUAAUAACACUUUCCGUGUUUGUUCUGGUGGGUUUAUAUCGAAUAUGCAGGAAGACAGACCCAGGCACUCAGGAAAACGGAAACGACCAACCUCAGUCAGACAAGGAGAGCGUCAAGCUUCUCACUGUGAAGACGAUUUCUCAUGAGCCUGGUGAGCACUCCGCACAAGGAAAAAGCAAAAACUGACAGCCUGAUAAAUGCUUCCCACAGCCGAGCAAUAAAUACGCAACACUUUCAGAUCCUCUGGUCCCGGGGUAAAAAGGGAGACGGCCCUUUGGACCCUGCCAGGCACCCAGGCUCGCCCGCCCACACCGGCCUCCUGUCCAGGGAAGUGCUCCUCAGGUCUGUGGUAACUGCACAGAAUCCCACGGCAUGCACCUCCCGCCCCCGACAGGGAGUCUCUGCUGGGGCGUGUGCACACUGCAGCCUCACGCCCGGGAGCGGGCAGGUCCCUCUGACACAGACGUUCCCAGAGCCCACAGUUUCAGAAACCCGGACCUUCUUCAUGUUCUCAGAUCACCUAAAUUUUGUAUUUAUUGUUUUCCACUAUGUUAAUGCAGGAGAAAAAUUGCAAUUGUGUGAUUAAAUUCUGG